ACUGCCUUGGAAAUAAAGAGUUUUUUUAGUAAAGUUUCUGGGUUUACAAAAAGUGGCAGGGCUCAGACUGGGAGAGCAGAAAGUGCUGUCAUUCUCUCACAGACAGAACUCAAAACAUCCAAGAACACAAAAGUUGUAUUCUUUUUUUUUUUAUUUGGAACUUCUUCUUUUGAGGAGGCUCUUCAAGAGGUCCAUUGUAUAAGAGAAGUUUGAAGGAUUUUUUUGUCCUCAUACCAAGAGAGAUUUAAGCCGCGAUGUCUCUGAGAGGUGAUGUGUGUGUAGUGACGGGAGCCUGUGGAUUCCUGGGAAAGAGACUGGUGAGGCUGCUGCUAGAAGAAGAGGAAAUGGCUGAGAUUCGACUGCUGGACAAACAAGUACAGCCCCAACUUUUACAGAGUCUGGAGGACUGUAGAGGGACAAAGUUGAAUGUUUUCGAGGGCGACAUCAGAGACGGUGAUUUCCUGAGAAAAACUUGUCGAGGUGCAUCAAUCGUCUUCCACAUUGCAUCCAUCAUUGACGUUAUUGAGUCAGUGGAGUACAGUGAGAUGUACGGGGUCAAUGUCAAAGGAACGCAGCUGCUUCUGGAGGCAUGUAUUCAAGAGAACGUGGUGUCCUUCAUCUACACUAGCACCAUCGAGGUGAUGGGACCAAACCCCAAGGGUGACCCCAUAAUCAACGGCAGUGAGGACACCGUUUAUGACUGUUCUCUGAAGUUUACCUACAGCAAGACCAAAAAGGAGGCUGAGGAGAGAACCCUGCAGGCCCACAGCGAGGUGCUCCAAAAUGGAGGCCGACUGGCCACAUGCGCCCUCAGACCAAUGUACAUCUAUGGGGAGGGCUGCCGCUUCCUGCUGGGCCACAUGGGUGACGGGAUACGAAACAAAGACGUUCUAUUUCGUAUGUCUGUCCCAGAGGCCCUAGUGAAUCCUGUUUAUGUGGGCAACGUGGCUAUGGCUCACCUCCAAGCAGCCCGCAGCCUUAAAGAUCCAAAAACAAGAAAUGCUAUUGGUGGAAAGUUUUACUUGAUUUCUGAUGACACACCACCUGUCAGUUAUUCAGACUUCAACCACGUCAUGAUGUCACCUCUGGGCUUCAACAUCCAAGAGAAACUUCCUCUGCCGCUCCGCUUCCUCUACGUAUUCUGCUUCCUAUUGGAGACUCUGUGCAUGAUGCUCCGCCCUUUCAUACGCAUUGUCCCACCGAUGAACAGGCAGCUCCUCACCAUGUUGAACACCCCGUUCAGCUUCUCCUAUCAGAAGGCUAAGACGGAUUUGGGAUACACCCCAAGAUACACCUGGGAGGAAGCACGCAAACGCACCAUUGAGUGGCUCGCCUCUGAGUUGCCAAAGGAGAGGGAGAAAAUAAGAGCUAAAUAAUUAAUGAAAAGUUGUUAGAACUAUAUUAAAACUGCAGUAUAAGUGAUUGUUUUGCUGUAAAAUAGUAAAAUAUAUCAUUGCCUAAUGUCUGUUUGUGAAAUUAUGUUUUCAUGCAUGAAUAACUAGAUUUUCCUGCAGUGACAAACUAAGGCGAAAAGUUAAUUAAAUCAUAUAUAAUAAAAGCAUGUUAAUCAUCAAUGUUGAUGUUUCUCUAAAAGCACUAUUUGUGGAGCACAGGUUUUUGUUAUCUGGUAUUACCACCACUAGGAGUUGCAGAAGUAAUAGAUUCCUUUACAUCUGGGGUUUAAUUGUAGAUAAGCUGCAUUCACUCACAGUUUCUUCAGUAAAUUUGGCUUUACAGAUAAUUACCUCAACCUCAGGAGAGACAAUUUAAGGUAGACAGCACAGUAGGCAGCCUCAACUUAAAUCUAUGAGGAUUGGUAAACUUCCAGUAGCUAAUAUAGUUAAAUUUACCGUUUGUAGUCAGAAUGCUUUGUUCUUGGAAAGGAUUACAUUUUUUGUUUAAUUACUACCUUAAAACUACAGGCAAGAUCCAGUCAAACCUACUAUGUAUUUAUAACUGUAAAACACAACCAUUUGAAUAUCCACUAUGAUCAAGUAAGAAAGCAAUAAACUGAUUUAACCAGUUAAA